AUGAAGUCCUCCUGGGUAUUUCUGAUCCAUGUGCUGUGUCUGAGUGGCCACCAGUGCGCACCGACGAAGCAGGAGGAGAUGAAUCUCCGGGACAACCUCAAGCAAUUAUCUGAAGUUGGAGAGAAGUAUGUAGAUGAAGAGGUAAAGAAAGCUUUGAUUGGUAUUAAGCAGAUGAAAAUUAUGAUGGAAAGAAAUGAAGAUAAGCACAUAGAUCUGAUGAAAACCUUGAAGAAGAGCAGUGAAGAAAAACAGCAAGCCUUGCGACUCAUGGAUGAAGUAAAGGCAAGACUGGAAGAAGAGGAAAAACAAUGUCAAGUAUCCUUGAAAAAUCUAUGGGAUGAAUGUGAAUCAUGUUUAGAAAGUACCUGCAUGAGAUAUUAUACAACUUGCAAACAUGGUGUGUCAACCUUUAAGAGAAAGGUUGAAGAUUUUUUGAGGAAAAUACCUCCACUCAUAUUUACUUUUCAUGAGGAGCAAGGAAGAGACAUCCAGACUAAUGAAAAGCCUGAGAAAGAGGAUACCCAGCUAGUAAAGAUGGAAGAUUUAUUUAGCCAGCUACUAUCCGAUGUGGGCUCAAUAUUUGACAGAAGUUUCAUUUUUUUCAAGCACAUGCAAAAAGAAUUUGACCAGUCUUUUCAGACUUAUUUCAUGUCUGACCUGGAGCUGAGUGAGUCCCCCAGUAUGCCAGCUUUACCUGAGGUCGCCACCAGAACUGAAGGCUCCCAGAGAGGCUGGGGCAUGCCCGGCUUCUUACAGAUAGUUUUUGAUUUCAGUAGGACAGUGUUCGAAGGUGUCAGCGAGGUGAUCACCGACGUGUUUGAUGAAUACAGAGAUUACAGAAGAGAUGUGCCAGAACAAAUCAAAGAUCCUGAAAGAAGUGGCAUGUUUUCAAAAAUUGUGUCAGGGCGCCAGAGACUUCAGUGCAGGGAGCUCCGGGAGAACUCCUCUGGAUGCCCGCAGUUCCAUGAGAGAUGCCAGAAAUGUCAAGACAAUCUUUUGCAUGAUUGCCCAAACGUUCCUGAGCUGCACAUAAAGUUUGAUGAAGCCUUUAAGCUGGUUAAUCUCUCAGGGGAGCAGUACGAGCAGAUUCUCCAGGUGGUUCGGCAUCACACGGAGGACACUUCCUACUUGCUGAACAAAAUGAAAGAAAGGUUUGGGUGGGUGUCUGAGUUAUCCAACAUGACCAUUGGACCAGAAAACAUUUUCAACGUAGUAAAGGUGGUACCUGGGGAUCCCUCCAGUAAAGAUGAAACUGUGGUAGAUGUGAAUGUUCUGACUUCACCUACUUUCACCAUCAAAGUUCCUCCCAACUUAGAUCCCAAGAGUCCUGAGUUCAUCGAAUACAUAGCUGGGAAAGCACUCCAAUUGUAUAAGCAGAAUUUUUAA